UGACGCCGAGUUGGUGUAAACCCAAGCACCAUGAAAUUGAGAAGGGAGCAGGUGCGCGGAAAUGCUCUAAUCCCUAAGGCGAUUGAUGAGCUUGCAUCAAGGAACUGACCCUGUGUUGCUGCGGAUUUCUGCGACUAGCUGUACAGAUGGACGGCGUGGCGAUGCGGAGGGCGCGUGAGUCGCUCGAUAUUGUGCACAUGAUGUCCAACUUGCUCGGCACAGGUUUGGACCGGCAGACGCUUGCCGUUUUGAUUGCGCUGUGCGAGCACGGCGUCAAUCCUGAAGCCUUGGCUGCUGUUGUCAAGGAGCUACGCCGGGAGGCACCACCUGCGGCAAAGAAGUCGAGUCAUUGAUGGUAGUCGCAACUUCGUGUAUAUUUUACAAGAUUUUAUCGAUUCCAGCUGCAUUUCGUGAUGUUCACAGUUUUCAUUUGCGCGGAUUGUGUGAUCAAGUCGGACGAAUGUGGAAUGCGGCAGAAUGAGAUCAAUCUGGUUUCGCUAAUCUCUCAGCUCGUCAACUGUGACUCUCUGAUCACAGAAGCUACAUUUUACCGGUGGAAGAGAUGGAAGAUAUUUACGAUGGCUGCCAUGGCACUCUCAUUGCUGUCAUAUUGCACAGAACACAUCUCUGAAUCUUAUUUUGUUGACUACUUCUAUCUUGAAUGGCGAGGCUUUGUAUUAUUGGCAGUGGCAAAUUUUUGCUGUAUGACAAGGUCAUUUCAUAGUUUUUAUGCAACUGACAAUUCGAGGUAAUAGUUUUCUUUUAAGUGGACAGAGCGUAUCAUGUGGUUCUUGUGUCUGUCCCUUAGGCAUCAUGUCAUCAGUAGUUUAAGAAAUUGUGUAAAAAUGGACAGAUAGUGCGGUUUUAAAAUUGCUCGUUACAAGAUUUAUUUUGUAGUUUCUCUCUCAAGGUAUAUUUCUCCUGCGACCUCAAAUUGGAGGGUUUGGUGCGCCUCUAGUCUUGGUUAAUUUUGUGCCUAUUCUAAGACUAUUAUGUUGUCAGUGUCUGCGCCAAAUAGAAGCCUUCGUGCUUCUGCGCUUUGCACCAGCCCCACAAGAGUUGCUAGGUACGGAUCUGGUGUUUCUUUGUUUGGAAACUUGGGACGCGCAAUGAAUUCGCUGAACAUACUUCUCAUUCAACUGUUUAA